UCUGAGGCUCGCGGCCGACUGGGUGGCAGAGCUGGCAGCCAUGAUCGCGGUGGUAGCCUGGCUAGCGUUGCUAGCACUGGCGCCAGCCACGUCAGCAACCUCCUUCGCCGACAGGGGUUUUCUUCUCACGUGUCCCAAGUCGCUAAUCGCCGGGACGAAGGAGCAAUGCUGCGUAUCGUUUUACAAGCUCGCAGGCCAAACAGUGCGGCUAAAUGUGCACCUACUGCCCAAGAAAAAUAGUACAACGGCUGACAGCGUAGCAAAAUACUACAAAGCAACAUAUAUCAGAGGUGCCUCGGACUUUCGCUGUUUCUCCCUUUCCAUUCCGAAGAAAUCACGUUCCGGCACGCUCUACCUGAAGGUAUCCGUUCAGGGAUACUACUUCCAAUCGACGAAAACAUCUCCGGUCAAUGUGGUGCCCUACACACUGGUGACACUGGUGCAGACGGACAAGUCCAAGUACAAGGCCGGCCAGGAGGUGCUGUUCCGCGUGGUGACGCUGAAGAGCGAUCUUACCGCCCAGGAGGAGACGGUCGAUCAGAUCUACAUCACAACUCCCGCCGGCACCCGGCUGGCGCAAUGGAACCAGAAAACCACCAGCUCGGGCAUCAUAGCCCUGUCAUUUAAACUGACACAGGAGCCACCUCUGGGCAUGUGGACGAUACACGUGAAGCGUGGAGAUCGUAUCACAAAGCAGACAUUUGAAGUGGACGAGUUUGUCCUGCCCCGGUUCGAAGUCACCGUCACUGGACCCAAGUUUAUUGUCCGAGGUGCCAACACUGUUACUCUCAAAGUUUGUGCCAAGUACACCUUUGGAGAGCCAGUUUCGUCGGCCGACGUUGUGCUGUUUGCCAAACGCACGGUUCCUUCCUACUUCUACUCACGAAACAGAUACGGAGAGCUGGACCGACGAGGAGAGACGCCAUCUAACAUAACGCUAGAGGACACGAGUGACUCGAAGGGCUGCGCAGAAUUUGACGUUCUUUUGUCGAAAAUCGGAGUCGGCAAAACGUUCAGAAACCGCGGAAUCUACGUAAACCAGGUGAUUAUCCAGGCCAACGUGACGGAGGCGGGCACGGGCCUGGUGCUGGGCUCCGACCUCGUCAUACCCAUCCAGACGCCGCGCAUCAGCGUCGAAAUCGACGAACGGCCCGGCACCAAGUUCAUCAAGCCCGGUCUGGAAUACAUUGGAUUUGUCACAGUGAAGGGAGCGGAUGGCGACCCGCUCUCCGAUGAGACCCUGCAAGUUUGUCACACAGAGUCCUUCAUUGACCAAGGAGCGAUCAAGCCGAUCAAAAAGUCGGAAAAUCCGUUUAUAGCAUACCCGUCUUACCAGACAGCCAGCAGAGGAGUCAAGCUGGUGAGCAAGGACUUCAACAAGCUGCCAAUCAUUUAUCCUGCAAUACCAUCCAAGACAGACCAAGAAUCAUGCAAUGAGUACAAGAGCAACAAGGACGGUCGCAUUCGGUUCCGCAUUGCGCCCCAGUCUGCCGGUAUCAUCUCCAGCAACGUCAAUGUGCGGACUCGUCGGUCCGGCCUGUCCGGGAGCGACUACGUGUCGCUCAAGGGAUGGUUCUCUCUGACCGACUCGUACAUUUCGAUCGUGCCCGUGAGGGACCCAUACGGUCUGAAGUGCGAGGGUAGCCUCCGACUCACCGUUAAGUCGAACAUCAAAGUGCCGCAAAUGACGUAUUUGGUCAUGACCCGAGGUCAGAUUCAUACCUCUGGUAAGGUGGCACGCGACGGAUCCAUCGAAAUCAAGCUGAAUUUCAAAGUGUCGCCUUCUUUCAAAGUGCUCGUCUACUACGUCAACGGCCUGGGUGAAACAAUCGCCGAUUCAAAGACGUACAGCGUCGCUAACUGCUUCCAAAACCGAGUGAAGGUAUCCUGGGACCAGGAGAAGGUCGAGCCGGGCGAUCCGGCAGUGCUCACCAUUCGGGGAGCGCGCAACUCGCUCUGCGGCAUCUCCGUUGUCGAUCGCAGCGUCGAGCUGCUCAGCGACAAGAACAAACUAACUGCUAAGAAGGUGUUCGAGAAGCUGCAAAAAUUCGUCAUCGGCGAGUACCAGUAUCCUAGGCUUGUAGAAUCUGAUUCUAGCUAUUGUAAGCGGAAACCACGACAUGCAAGGCCAGGCCAUGGAGAUAUCUUUGGCUUCCCUAACGAGUUCCAGUUGGAAGACGGAAUCGCCGACAGGGAAGAACGAGUGCUCCCCUCAAACAGCCGUAAUGCUAGACGCAUUAUACGGCCAAUACCACGACCAACCCCCGACGGUUACUGGUACAGAACACGGCAAGAUGACUCCAUCAAGGCCUUCGAGGUGGCUGGCUACCUUGUGUUCUCAAACUUUGUGCUGGAGUCGCGACCCUGCGAGAGAAACAACCGGUCUUCGCCUGUCUACUACCCACUGAGGACUGUGAGCGCCGCCAUGGGUGGUGAGCGUGGCUUCGCGGUAGCAUCAGCAGAUGGUGCUGUGCGUGAGUUCGCAGAAAUUGCACAGAAAGCAGACAGUUCAGCUGUUUCGGCAGACUCGGCGGGCCCGGAGCCGGUCGCGGAGACGGCCGUGCGCUCCCUCUUCCCGCCGACGUUCCUGUUUCAGCUGGAGAAACUCGGGGUCUCGGGCCGCAAGGAUAUCAGCACCACGAUGCCGGAUACCAUCACCAGCUGGGUGGCGUCGGCCUUCUGCAGCGGACUUCGUAGCGGCUUUGGCCUGUCUGAUACGGCAACUAUCGUCACUUUCAAGCCGUUCUUCGCUCAGAUCCAAGUACCGUACUCGGUGAAACGCGGCGAGCUGCUGCGUCUCAAAGUCUCCGUCUUCAACUUCCUGAGCUCAGACCUGUCGGUGGCGGUGGUGCUGGCUUCGUCGACAGACUUUAGUGUGGCGUCGGGGGGCAGCGGCAGCCAAACCGUCUGCGUUCGCGCCUCCAAGCCCUCAGUAGUGGAGUUCCCGCUCGAAUUCAGCACUCUCGGCAAGGUUGACAUUACCGUAUCGGCCAGGACGAGUGGCUCAGCCUGUGGCUCUUCCAACCAGGUCCAGGCCAGUGAUGCGCUCGUACGCAGCCUUAUCGUCAAGCCGGAGGGAUUCCCACAGGAAGAGGUCAACACCGCCUUUAUCUGUAAGGAGGACAGCACGUCUCCGCCAAAGGAGGAGACUUUCGAGCUGGCCCUACCCAACCAAUUGGUACCCGACUCCCAGCGCGCAUGGGUCAACAUCGUGGGCGACCUGAUAGCUCCUUCUGCAGAGAACCUUGAGCGUCUGGUGCGAGUGCCCACCGGCUGCGGCGAACAGAACAUGAUCGGCUUUGUGCCCAACAUCCUGGUGCGCCGCUACCUGGAAGAGGUGAAGCUGCUGACGGAGAGCCUGAAGGACCGCACCACGGCCAACAUGCGGACAGGGUACCAGCGUCAGCUGCGCUACCGGCGCCGCGAGGGCUCCUACUCGGCCUUCCCGGAGCGCUCGCCGCCGCGCUACAAGGGCUCCCUGUGGCUGACGGCCUACGUGGUUCGCUCAUACCUGGCCGCCAGCAAGUACAUCGCCAUCGACAAAAACGACGUCUCCAUCAGCACAUCCUGGAUUGUCAAGCUACAGGAGAGCAACGGCGCGUUCAAAAGUUACGGCAACCUCUUCCACAAGGAGAUGCGCGGCGGCGUGGGUAACGGCGCCGUGGAGGCGAUGACGGCCUACGUGCUGCUGACGCUGCUGGAGGCCAAUGACCAGCCGGCGGCCGCCAAAAAGGCCGUGGACUUCCUGCUGGCCUCUAGCACAUACAACACCCUGUACGCCGAGAUCCUGGUGGCGCACGCGCUGGUGAUGGCCGGGAAGACGUCCGAAGGCAGCAGUCGGGUGCAGACACUCCUGGCCAAGGGCACACGCCGCGGCGGACAGCUGUACUGGAAGGGAGACCGCACCAGCAAGUACGGCGGCAGUCGCGCGGUGGACAUCGAGAUGACAUCGUACAUGGCGAUGACGCUGCUCAAACUGGGCGGCUCGUCGAACCUGGGCGAGGCCGCGCUGGCCGUGAAGUGGAUCAGCGCCCAGCGCAACAGCCAGGGCGGCUUCGUGUCCACCCAGGACACGGUGGUGGCGCUGACGGCACUCACCGAGUUCGCUAUCGCCACCUACUCGGAGAGCACGGCCGUCGACGUACUGGUCACGGCCUCGCCCAGCUACCGGUACAGCGUGCAGAUCACGGCCGAAAACCGGCUGCUGACACGCCAGGACUGGCUGCCGCAGCCGCUCGCGCUGCCCAAGAAGGUGACGUUCUCGGUCAGCGGACUUGGCUGCGCCGUCGUCCAGUCGGUGUUCCGCUAUAACACCAAGGUGGCCUUCCCCGACCCCAAGUUUAACCUGAAGGCCGUCAUCACCAAGGUGAAGAGUUCCUGCUCGUUCACGCUCAACAUCUGCACCAGCUUCAAGGAGCCCAAUACAGAGAGCAACAUGGCCAUUGUCGAAAUCGAGAUGCUCUCUGGAUUCGUCACCAUUGACAGCAGUCUGAGAAAACUGGAAAAUGACAAGGUUAUUGAGCGCUGGGAGUUCAACGAAGGCAAGGCUAGCCUCUACUUUGAUGGGUUCACUGAUAAGGAGGUCUGCUUCGACGUGCGCUUCAUCCGCGCUCUCGAGGUCGAAAAGCUGAAGCCGGCCGUUCUCCGAGUGUACGACUAUUACGCCCAUGAGGACAGAUUUGAAGUGACAUAUGGCCCGCCUGAAUGUCCGUGAUAAAACAUGAUGCGGAAAGAACAGAUCCCGGCAACGGCGGAUACGACGGCUGGAUUUGACGAAAUCGAGCAUCUUUGGUGUGAUAAGGUUAUUUACUGUUGGAUAAUGUGCAUUUACGGAAUAAGCGCCUGAGGUCGUGUAGUUGUGUUUCCUGUAUAAAAACAAGAUCAUUACAUUUCUCUUUUAUCAAAUACGCAAGAUGAUUGAGGGUAACAAUCCGAAUAAAUUGAGACAAAAA